AGGAGGAUCUUGUGCUCUUGGUUCCAGAAGCAAAAAAUUAGAAGCCUUAUGUGGCAAUUAUCAAGGAAGUAGAAGAGGAACUGAUGUGGAAGUGGAAGAGGAAGACAUGCAGCAAUGCCACAUUUGUGUUUUAUGUACCCCCCACCUUCGAUCAAAUCUAUUGUAAAUUUAGACAUGGGGACAUGCAGGAUAUUUCUCAGACCAAGGAUGGCAGCAUGAUGGUCACAGGACAGUGGUUUUACCGACCUGAGGAGGCAAUAAAAAGAGAUGGUGGAAAUUGGCAAACAAGAGACGCGAGGGAAUUGUUCUUUAGUUUUCACCGGGAUGAGAUCCCGGCGGAGUCGGUCAUGCAAAAGUGUGUGGUGCACUUUGUACCGUUAAACAAGCAGAUUCCAAAAAGGAAAGAGCAUCCUGGUAAUUUUGUUCAGAAGGUAUAUGACGCUGAACAGAGGAUGCUUUUCAAGUUAACAGAUGAGGACUAUGAAGAUACCAAACAGCAUGAGAUUGAUCUGCUUGUUCAGAAGACUAUAGCACGAGUUGGGCAUCUUCCUGACCUUGAAACUGAGGAUAAUUCUGCAGCUCCUGUUAGUCAAGAAGACCAGUUGGAGAGUCGACUUUUGAGGAAAAGAGCAUGAUGUCUUUGGAUGUCACCAGAGACGAUUAAGCACCAUCUAGAUUGGUCAGCCAAUAGCAGAAACUCCAGGCAGUUUUGCCAAUAAUGCAUCAGAAUACUUCAUCAUCCUUUCAAACUUCAAAGUCCUAACAGAUGAAACACAGCGUGACAAAUGGCUGGAAAAAUUGCUGCAAUGAAUUCAGUAUUUCUGCAAUCCUGUGGAUAAUGUACUAAAUGAUGGUAAAGAAAAAAGGGGCUCAGAUGCUGCUGAUCUUACUGGUAACACAGAUUCUGCAAAACACGUGAAUGAGUCUCUAGACAACAGUGCUGACGGUGAUGUGUUCUGAUGGCUAGACAGUGUUGUCCCUGCUGUCUUCUCUCUAGAGAAAGGCCCUCUCAUCUGAUUUUCAGAAGUACAAUCAGAAGAUGAGGCAG